UUGUCAUUAUUGUUCCCUAGGUGCGAGAGCUGGAGCAUCAGCUGGGUCAAAACAAGACCAGAACAUCACUGGGUGAGUUUGAUGAGGAAUUGCUGGCACUUACUGAUCCAAGGAAAUUGUCAGCCCAAGAGAAGAACUUGCUGAAGAUUCGCAGCUUGGAAAAAGAAAAGAAAGAAACUUUGGAGAAACUCGCUGGGGAACAUGAUGAUCUCAAGAAAAGUCAUAAGGAAGUGAAAAAAAACCUUGAUGCAUCAAAAGCCAGGAACAAAGUACUGUGCAGCGAAGUGAAAACCCUGAAGGGACAGAUUGUAACCUUGCUGGAGAAAGGAGAACACGACAAUGAGUUCAUAGACGCCUUACUGAGCCAACAGAAGCAAAUGCAGGAGAUCUUAAAGCACCUGAGCCAGCAGGACGAGAAGAGCAAGGAGUCCCAGCAGAUGCUAGAGCAGCACUUGAACACUGAGGUUCAGAAACAAAACUGCCUUAUAGAGCAGCUCAGACAGAUGCUGGCUGAACGAGAAGCAAAAGUUAAAGAGCUGGAAGAAGAGAUUGGGCAACUCACACUUCAGAAGAAAUCUGCCCAUCAAGCGGACAGUUCAGGAGCUGCUGAUACACCACUGUCUGAGCACUCAGAAGAUCCAGGUUUUACUCUGCUUAAGCCUCUGGCAUCAGGCAGCAAUGACAUUAGAAGGAUUGGAUCUGCUCGCAGAGUGUCCAAGAUGGGCCAUGUGCUUGUAGAGUCGGCAGCUACUAAUCCUUCCCUUCUCAGUAAUAACAUCACACCUGGAAGGCUUGCUGGCACUGACAGCCCGGAUUUGAAAGUGCUGCAGACACAGCUCACAGAGUACAAGGCUCUCUGCCAGGCUGCUGAAGUGGAAAGAGACAGGCUAAUAAGCUGAACUACUGUUUUUUUGCCUGUCAGGGUGGAGGAAGGCAGUAAUAAAAUCUUGGAAACUGAGAAGAAGCUUCAGAAAGAGCGGCGGCGAUGUGUCAUUUUGGAACAGCAGCUUGAAAAACUGCAAAUGUAUCCAGGGAAGAACAUAAGUGCACAGAAACCUCCCCAGAGGAGCAAAACAGGCCAGUCUGCGAAUCACUCAAGACUGACCUUGAAUGCGAGUGACAGGAAGGAGCUCUCUGCGGCCCAGCUUUCCAAGUUGCCUCUAGAAUCACAGAUAGAGUAUCUGAGCACAAGGCUUGUGAUCCAGCUGGAUGAGAACGAAGCUCUGAAGGCCGCUUUGGAGACUACUGUGAGAAAGAAAGAAGAAGACUUUAAACUGUAUCAAGACACAAUGGACCAAGUGAAGGGUAUCUUUUUACAGGCCAUUCAGCAGCAGAAACAAGAGAAGAGUUAA